AUGUUCGAUCAACUCAGGAGAAAUAUUGUUGAGGAUGACAUCAUGGACGACGGUGUCAAGCGAGGCGGUGAGGUCUUCGAGGGAUUCAUUAGCAGCUGGAUUGACAGUACCAGCUUCGACAUAAAGAUGGACACCAUUAUUCAUAGCUUUGAAGACCCAAAAAAUUUUGGUAGCCCAGACAUGAUAGUUGAGAGGAAGUUAUCAACCAUAGUUUCCCACCCAAACUCACGUGCAUUAUCAACUGCACUAGUCUGCGACAACAUUGCAUGCUCAACAGGAAGUUCUGUUGCCCACUCAACAUCUGAGACCCAUUCAAAGAACAACGCCAGCUCUUAUGAGACAUUCGCCGAUCUCCCUGUUCAUCGUCAAAUUGAUCUCGCUGACCGUUCUGGAUUUACCGUUAGACAAUUAACCAUUGCCAACGUGCCAGUUUGUUCCGAAGGAUGUGAAGCUGAAUUAAAAGUCUUAGCAGACUUGACAGCUUACAUUAGAAACUCAAACUUCAAAGCUAGUCCUCCCCCAUCUCAAAAAUGUUGUCGCAGACUAGUGCAGUUGAUAAUGCACAUAUUUAAGGAAGCUGCCAAUGAAUCCUCGAAGACCUCACCCGCCUCGCUUGACACCGUCGUCCAUGAUGUUAUCCUCAACAACAUUUCUCCUGAGUUGAUCGAACAUGUUAAUGAUCUUAUGGCCAUUAGAGGCCGUGACCUCUGGCUUUAUCUUCAUCAGGAAUUAUAG